AUGACAGGACGCCACGCUGCCUCAAAAUCGGUACGUGACGGCGCUCACGCCCAGGUCGUGCAGUGCACUGUAGAGGGCAUACAGGGCCAGCUUGUUGCCAAGAUCUUCGACCCGCUCUACAGGUGGGAAGGCAUGGAUUGGGACAUUGGCUGGUCACCCGUGGGCCUCACCGAGUCCGAAUGGUCUCGUGAGGCUGCCGCCUACACGAGGAUUGAGGAGAUGAUCAAGAAGCAAGGUUUCGACGGCAGGUGCACUCCGCGCUUCGAGGGCUGCUGGUCCUUCGACGUCCCCUACGAGCUGGAGCUGGUCAGCAACAGCGCUGCCGGCACCGCCACCAGAGGAAAACAACAGCAAAAGUCGUCGGACGAGGCUCUGCGUCGCACCAUUAAGGUAACACGCAACGUGCGCCUGCUCCUGAUGGAGUACAUCCCGGGCGACAGCAUAUUGCAGCUACUUGAGACGCGCGAAUAUAAGAAGAUCCCGACAGAGGUUCGCAUGGACCUGGUAGCACAGGCUGCUGAGGCCGAAAGUGCCCUACGGCAUAUCCGUGUAUCCCACGGUGAUCCGGCCUCGCGGAACGUUGUUGUUGUUUGCACGAAAAAAGAACACCAUCAUUCUUCCUUCUCGGCCUCCUCCUCUCACUCGGGAAAUGGCGAAGAAGGGGCCGGAAAUGAACAUAGACGGCGAGAACAAGGCGUUCAGGAGUGCCAGUGGCGUGUGGUGUGGGUCGACUUUGGCAAUUCCAUCGUGCUGGACCUACCCAACGCCAAAUACAACAUCAAUGGCAGGCUUCCUCCCGCCGGGGGGCUGCCGCCUAACCCGAUAAACAUGUGCCGCGGGUGGUGGCCGGUCAUGGACCUCUGCCUAGACGACGACAUCAACUGGAUCGACGAGCAUCUUGACAAUUUUGAGGCGAGGCGGAAAUGGAUGGAGGCGAGGUGGGGUGAGGGGAGUGCAAGUGCCCGCCGGUAUCAGCCGGUGGAGUACGAUAAAUUGGCGCCCGAAUGGAGGAACGAGAAGUAG